AUGGGUAUCAAAGGUUUAAAUGCAAUUAUUUCAGAACACGUGCCCUCCGCUAUCAGGAAAAGCGACAUCAAGAGCUUUUUUGGCAGAAAAGUGGCCAUCGAUGCCUCUAUGUCGCUAUAUCAAUUCUUGAUUGCCGUGAGGCAGCAGGAUGGUGGGCAAUUGACCAAUGAAGCCGGCGAAACUACAUCGCAUUUGAUGGGUAUGUUCUACAGGACACUGAGAAUGAUCGACCACGGAAUCAAGCCUUGCUAUGUCUUUGAUGGUAAGCCUCCAGAUAUGAAAUCUCAUGAGUUGACCAAGCGGUCCACGAGAAGACAAGAAACUGAGAAAAAACUGGCAGAGGCUACCACCGAACUAGAGAAGAUGAAGCAAGAAAGACGGUUGGUUAAGGUCUCCAAAGAGCAUAACGAAGAAGCUCAAAAAUUAUUAGGACUCAUGGGCAUUCCGUUCAUAAUAGCGCCCACGGAAGCAGAGGCCCAGUGUGCUGAAUUGGCGAAAAAGGGUAAGGUUUACGCGGCAGCAAGUGAAGAUAUGGACACUCUUUGUUACAGAACGCCCUUUCUGUUAAGACACUUGACAUUUUCAGAGGCCAAGAAGGAGCCGAUUCAUGAAAUAGACACAGAGCUGGUCUUGAGAGGCCUCGAUUUGACCAUAGAACAGUUCGUUGACCUUUGUAUUAUGCUCGGUUGUGACUACUGUGAAAGCAUCAGAGGUGUUGGUCCAGUGACCGCUUUGAAACUCAUGAAAACGCAUGGAUCCAUUGAGAAAAUUAUAGAGUUCAUCGAGUCUGGCGAGUCAAACAACACUAAGUGGAAAAUCCCUGAAAACUGGCCCUACAAACAGGCAAGGCUGUUAUUUCUAGACCCUGAAGUUAUCGAUGGUAGCGAAGUGAACUUGAAGUGGUCGCCACCAAAUGAAAAGGAACUGAUCCAGUAUUUAUGCGAUGAGAAGAAAUUUAGUGAGGAAAGAGUUAAAUCCGGCAUAACAAGGUUGAAAAAAGGGCUAAGGUCAGGCAUUCAGGGUAGACUAGAUGGGUUCUUUCAAGUUGUACCCAAGACAAAAGAGCAGUUGGCUGCCGCAGCCAAGAAGGCUCAAGAAACCAAGAAAUCAAGUAAAAAUAAAAACAAAGUAACGAAGGGUAGAAGAUAG